GAUGGUUAUAUAUUUUUAUUGGAGAUGAAUUAUUCUGUUGAUUCUUGAAUUUGCUUUUAUUUCAAAUUAUUUUAGGAAUACUCUUGAAUGUUUCUUGGAUUUGGUUUUAUUUGAGCUUAUUUAAAGAAAAGCAUUUGUUGCAAGUUUUAGUUGAAUUUAGCAUGCUUUGAAGAUAAUAAAUGGAUUUACUUGUUUGAGCUGAUAUAUUUAUGGGUUUACUUAAAAUUUGCAUGUCUCUGUAAUACUUUAUGGAUUGCUCCCUCAGUUCUUUUUCUCGAAUUAGGUUCCACCUAGUACUGUAAAGAAUCACUAUUUGUAUGAUUACUUUAAACUAGAAUGUUUCAUAGAUGGCUUGUUUCAUUCUUUUUUAAUAUACUUUUUUUUUAUCUUAGGUUAUUGGAGGAACACUAUUACAGGGUAACUUGAGAUUAGGAUAUUUCAGAAUUCAGAAAUAUCCAUGGUUUUCCUUUUGAUUGUUUAUAUUUUCUUGAAUUUUCUUUUAAUCUAGCUUAUCAAAGAAACAUCCAUUGCAAGGUUAGUUGAAUUUAACACAUAUCAGAGAUAAUUCAUGGAUGGUUCUCUUCGUUCUUUUAACUCUGGAAUUUCCUCUUAUCUGAUGAAUUUAGAGAUCAUUCUGUUGCACAGGUGCUUGAAUGAGCAUGUGGAUGCAAGACUUCUCGUAUGGUUACUUGGUUAUUAUUAUUAAUUUUUCUCUUUUGGGAGUUCAGUGGUAGAAAUCGAACUUAGAAUGUAGUGCUCCAAUCAUGAACAACGAACAACUCAAACCCGAGCACGGUUCCUGGUUACUUUGGUUAUUUUAUUUUUCUCAAAUUUACUUUUAUCAAAGACUUAUAAAAACACUCAUUGUAAAGUUGUUUGUGCUUUUAGAAAUAUUUCGGUGGAUGGUUCCUCCCUUGAUUCCCAGUUUCUACGAAUUUACUUUUACGUGAUAUUUUUAAAUAAUUCCUCACUGCAGAGUAACUUGCAAACAUUAUUAGAUGGUUUCCUUGGUUUCUUUCAUUUUCUAUAAUUUGCUUUAACAUGAGUCUUUUAAGGAAUCCCUGAGGCAAAAGUUAUUUGAAUUCUUGUAUAGCUCCCUUGUUUCUUUUCAUCUUCUUUUAAAUUUGCUUUUAUCUGAUGGAUCUAAAUAAACCUUCAUUGCAGUAUCUGGAAGUAUCUUUUGGAACAUUUAUUUGAUGUCUCCCUUGAGUCUUUUCAUUUUCUUCAAUUUUCUUUCAUCUGAGUGUUUUGAGGUACCCUUGGUAGCAGAGUUACUCGAAAUUAGCAUGCUUCAGAUGUUUUUCUUGGAUGGUUCUGUUGGUUCUUUUUAUACCUGAGAUAAUUACAAAACCCUUCACUGCAGGGUCAGUUGAUAAUGUGGAGGCCUUCAAUAGAGGAGUCUUUAAUGGAGGGGCUACUACUGUAUCGGAGAUGAAUCAAGAAUGCAACUCAUUGACAGAAAACAGCCGUGCGAUUCCUUGUGGGCAUUUGAAUGCUUCUCAGUAUGUCAGUUCAUUAGAAGCGAAGGGACCAAUUCGUCAACAAGAUCAAGAACAAUUGGGUGGGUCACUUGAUAAUGGGGAGGCCUUCAAUGGAGGAGUCUUUAAUGGACUGGAAAACAUGACUUUUACACAACUGCUUCAGCUGGAUGAUCUCGAUGUUGUGAAGGCUCUCAAUGGAGGGGGCUUUUAUGGAGGAUCUCAUACUGUAUCAGAGAUCAAUCAAGAACCCAACUCAUUGACCGCAAACAGCAGUGGGAUUCCUGAUGGUGAUUUGAAUGCUCCUCAGUAUUUCAGCUUAUCAGAAGCUAAGCCACAUAUUGGUCAACAAGAUCAACAUCAGGAACAUUUGAUUUAUGAAAGCCCAUCUAGCUAUCAACAAAAUCAUUGGGGGAAUAAUCCCAUGAAUGAAUGUCACAUAGUGGGUCACCGAUUUAUGCCUCAAAAAACAAUGUUGUCGCAUAAAGAAAGAAGAUUCCAAUCAAGAAAUCACCUCAGUGACUCAACUUCUGGAUUCCUGGGAGAAGAACCAAAGCAGGGACUAUUGGAUAUGCAUUUGGACAGUAUAUGCACUGGCUCCUACCAUUCACAUUCUCCAUUGAUGAAGCAGCAUGGCAGUGAAGAAGUUCUUAGAAAAAUCUGUUCCUUCACAUGGAGAAGAUUUGAAUGCACAAUCUAAUGGUUCAAUGAAAUGCCCCCUGUCAAAGGCUUCCUCUCCUCAAAACCAAAUGCUUGAACAUCCUGCUAGUGAAGCUUCGAAAUGCUUUGAAUGGCUAGUUUUUUUGCACCAUGGCAGCACAUGUUCAGCUCCAGCAGGCCAGUGCUCAUUUUAUCUAUGUGCAUAUGCCCAAAGGAUUUGGAUGCACAUUUCUAUUUGUGAACAAAUUCAGUGCCCAUUUCUUUAUUGUCGUCGACUGAGGAAAUUGUGGGGGCUCUAUUGCAAUUGUAGCGACCAAGAUUGUCUUGUUUGUAGUCGUGUUCGCAUAUUGAUAUCUUUUCACCAGCCGUUGGAUUUUUGGAAGGUAGAUUUGACAAGGAACAGUAAAGAAGCUCUGAGCUCUGAGCCUUUGGGAGAUGUGCAAUAUCCACCAAAAAGAAUGAGGGCCGAACAUUCUUCACCAAUCCAAUUCUUGCCAGAACCUGUUGCCUCAAUACCAGAGGUUUCUGAUCCUGAGAAAGUAGAAGAGAGCUUUCAAAAUGAAGGGCCUGCUGUUGUUGAACUUGGAGAUACUCCAAGGUUGUUUUAUUGUUCCUUGACAUCUGCUCAUGGAAAUCCAGGGACAAAAAUGCAAAAUAGGAAAGAGCUUAAAUGUUGCAGUCCCAAGAUUCUGAGCACUGUGCUUUCAGAAGAUCUGCAGCCUCCAUUAAAAAGAAUGAAGUUUGAGCACUUACCGACAAAAUGUAUUUCACCAGAACCUUUAUCGCAAACAUCACAGUUUUGUGAUCAAGUUCCAGUAAAAGCAAUUGCUGAAAUCGAAGAGCCUGGUUUUGUCGUAGUUAAGGAUACAACAAUGAAGAUGGGAAGUUCCCCAAACUUUUGUCAUGAGAUUCCAGGGACCAAAAUGGACAAUGGUAUGGAGCACACUACGCCUGGUUUUGUCGUAGUUAAGGAUACAGCAACAAAGAUGGGAAGUUCCGUAACCUUUGGUCAUGAGAUUCCAGGGAACAAAAUGAACAAUGGUAUGGAGCACACUACUGAGGUGAAAGAAGGUAUUCCUUUAAUAUCCUCAGGUGAAUUAUCAUCACAAAUCACCUGUGAAAAUCUCACUGAACUCAACAUGUGCAAGAUGGAAAUGAACCAGGAGCCUGCUAUCUCAUCGGCUGAUUGUGAAGAAGGAACCAUGCACGGGAAGCAAAAGAUACAAGGUGCUUCUUUGCUUGAAAUUUUCACCCCAGAGCAAAUUACUGAUCAUAUCAACUCCCUCAGGCAGUGCGUUGGUCUGUCCAUCAAGACUAAUUCAAAGGCAGAACAUUGCCAAGCAAUGGAGAGUUCUGCGAAUCAAAGCUCUUGCCAGAUGUGUGGUAUGGAGAAGCUCUCUUUUGCACCACCUGAUGUGUAUUGUAAUCAAUGUGGUCUUCUAGUCAAGAGAUCGCCCAUAUGUGACAAUUGUCAUAAUCCUAGGUCACUGUUAGAUUUGUAAGGAUCGCCCAUAUGUGACAAUUGUGGCAAAGAGAUAGUGAUAGGAAUCAUGGUCAUCAACUGAAGGACAACUAUAUGUAGCCAAGAAUGAAGUGGAAAAUAAGGACAUGAGCAAAAAGGGGUUCAUUGGAUACGUUUGUGUUUCUUAUGAAAUUCUUGUUAUAAUAUGUUGCUAAGUUGUAUCAUGUCUGUAAAGUUCAGAGAGAAGCCAUUUUGGGUUUCCUAUUAUAUGUUGCAUAGAGGUGGAUCUAGACCAGGACCCAGUGUGGUGGAUCAAUCACCAGGUUUAUGUUUGAUUGGCAGUUGUAAAAUUUUGUUCUUAGUAA